UCUACCUGGCGUUAGUCAGAAAAUCAGUUACCUCAUCACAUCAGUUCACUAGUGCCGUUUUAUUUCAUUCCUCAAAAUGAUUUGCUCCAAAUGCUCAACUCUGGCUGACCAGGCUCCGGACAAGCCGAACACGAUUGACUGCCAGUUCAAUGUGCAGGGAAAGGUGUUCAACGAUCCAAUACAUGGGCUUGUGCCAAUGCACCCUUUGCUGGUCCGCAUCAUUGACACACCCCAGUUCCAGAGACUUCGCUACAUCAAGCAGCUUGGAGGGGCCUGCUAUGUCUAUCCUGGGGCGACCCACAACCGCUUUGAGCACUCCAUAGGAGUGAGUCACCUGGCAGGGAGACUGGUCCGGGAGCUGAAAGAGCGGCAGCCAGAACUUCAAAUCUCUUGCAGAGACUUCCUCUGUGUGCAGAUCGCUGGCCUCUGCCACGACCUGGGACAUGGCCCUUUCUCCCAUUUGUUUGAUGGGAUGUUUAUCCCCAAAGUCUCUACAGGAAGGAAAUGGAAGCACGAGGAUGCGUCCAUGGCCAUGUUUGACCACCUUGUCGACAAAAAUGAAUUGAAGAUGGAGCAGCAUGGUCUGGUCCUGCCUGAAGACCUGGACUUCAUCAAGGAACAAAUUGCUGGACCGAUUGACAAAACCCCUGGGAAGUGGGCUUACAAAGGCAGACCAGAGAAGAAGUCCUUCCUGUACGAAAUCAUAGCCAACAAGAGAAACGGUGUUGAUGUUGAUAAAUGGGACUACUUUGCCAGGGACUCUUACUACCUAGGUCUUCAGAGUAACUUUGACCAUGACCGCUUUAUCAACUUUGCCCGAGUCUGUGAGGUGGAUGAGGAGGUGGAUGGGAAGAAGAUGUCGCAGAUCUGUGCCAGAGACAAGGAAGUGGACAACCUGUAUGACAUGUUCCACACCAGAUUCAGCCUCCACAGACGAGCCUACCAGCACAGAGUGGUCGAAGCCAUUCAGCUCAUGAUCAGAGAUGCCCUUGUCGAAGCAAAUCCUCACAUCUUGAUUAAAGGAUCUGGGGUGAAAACGUUCAGAAUGUCAGACACCGUAUUUGACAUGGAGGUCUACUCUAAACUCACAGACCAUGUGUUUGAGCAGAUCCUCUACUCCCCCUCUUCUGACCUGGAUAAGGCAAGAAAGAUUCUAGAGAGAAUCACCCACCGACGUCUCUACAAGUGUGUGGGCCAGAUCUUAAAGGUGUGUGGGGGUAUAAAGGACAAGGACAAUUUGGAGGACGAGGUCAUGGACAAGAUCAAGAAAUGGCAAAGUGAUGUGGCGAGUGAAAAUCAUUUGGAUCCAAAUGACUUUGAACUCCGUGUCAUCAAAAUUGACUAUGGGAUGAAGAAGGACGACCCCAUUGACCAAAUGCGCUUCUACAAAAAGGACAACCCAACCAAAGCUUUCAAAAUCUCCAAAGACCAGGUGUUAUACCUCAGGCCAGAGAGCUUUUCACAGCAACAGAUCAGGAUCUACUAUAAGAAGGAGACUGAUGAAACUGAUGAAACUAUAAAGGCCAUUAAGGAUGACUGGAGCAUCAAAUUCCCAGAAUCACAUGCCGAUGGUUCUCAAGCUGUGGUAGCAGUGGUACUUGGACCUCAAACCUCUGUAGAAGUGUUGGCAAAUAUUGGCCAAAUGUAUGAGGAGGAACCCCAGAAUUCUGCCAGAACAGAAGAUCAGGAGAAACCAGGAAUAAAGAAACAGGAAGUCUGAGCGUUCUUCCCAGAGAGCCCUCUUCUCAAAUGAUGAAGCACAGUGAUAUUUAGUAGGUGUAUACUUUCACCCACUGGUGCACUUAUGUACAUGGUUGAGUGACAAAACGGAUUUGAUUUGUUUUAAUGGAGAUGAUGACAAAAUGAUUAAAAAGCGACAUAAGAAAUGUCACUGAGUCAGCCCUGUUCAAACACUUUAUUCACUUUCUGCCUUUUCUUCAAUCACUGAGUUGUCGUCUCUCAUGUAGUUAAGAUGAUUUUUAUGUAAAAAAAACUUGAGAUUUCAGAAUAGUGUGUUGUGAGAUGAAAAUGAAUUGGAAUGCAAGUUUUUUGGGGGUAGAAGACAUGUUGAUUCUGUCUGGGAUUUGAAACCAACUUAACAUCAUAAUCGUAGCCUACAUAUUUAACAUUGACUAUUCAAAUAUUUUAAUGGAUGUGGUAGUGGGCUGAGCCUUUCAAUAGGUUAUUCCAAUGACUGCUGCUUGAUUUAUUUCCACAUGUGUUCAUUUUUUUUGUACCUGUCUUUUAAUCUGGGACAUGAAAACGGAAUAAAAUAUUAAAAAUAAAUUUAUGGUUUUCAAUUACAACAA